UUAUUUAUUUCAUCCUUUUCAAAUGAGCCUUUAGGAAAAUAUUUUGCUUUCUAUCAUGCUGAUGAAACUCAACAUUAUUAAAAUGUACACACAAAACACAAUUUGUUCAGUCAGUAUUUAUGAUUGUUGUAUAGCUUGCUUAUAUGUUGGUUCUAAUAAAUUUUCCCAUUUAAACUAUGUAGGAAGCGCAAUCCUUCUAUGAACUGAACAACCAAUCAUAACAGGUUAUGUCAUCAUGAGUUCAUUGUCUGGCUGGAAAGCUGGAACUAAAUUGCUCAGAAUAAAUUUCAAGUCAACUGGACUAUAUUUCCGCUUCUUCUCUACUGGGCAUGCACGUUCUUCGCCAUCUCUGAAUGUAAAUCGCCAAGAAUUGAUCGAGGAAAAAGGAGAUGCUUUAUAUGAUGUUAGGAAAGGGAAUCAUGUUGGUCCCUACCUGAGUUUAAGUGACUGUCAAUCUCAAAUAAGUGAUCCUCUUGUUAAUGGAUACCAAGGUUAUUCACUUGAGAAAGAAGCGGAGACAUAUUUUGCUUCCUGUGGAUUAAAGAAUGCUCUAUAUUUAUUGAAUGCAAAGGAUUUAAAAGAGGAUCUCUUUGGAAUCCUAGUUCCUUGUCCUUUUCAGGAACCUACUGUAGCUAUUCCUAUCGCAGAUUUGCCUGAAAAGAUUAGUGUUAUCACAGAUGAACCAGUGAAGGAACAUCUCAAAUCGGAGUAUUCCAGCCAGCAAAAACAACCAUCUGAUAAGUCUGUGAGUUAUUUUUUUGAAAGGAUGCUUAAAGCAUGUUGUUCUGUUACAAUGUGCUUGGAAGGGCCUCUCUUUCAUUACUUGCCAUGUCAUUCUUUUACUGAUGGAUGA